CGUUUUCUGCUAAUUGAUAUGUAAUUCAGUGGGUGAAUCUCCAUAUUACAAAGGGUUUGACCAAUCAACACCUAUACCAUGUCUGAAAAACCGAUUUCUUCAAGAAAGUAUACCUAUAUUCAUGAUGAAGAUGACACAGGCUUCCAAUCAAUUGACUCUCACCAUAUUAUGGUUCCGAAGAGUCGCUCAAGGCAAUUCCUGUUAUAUUCUUCCUUCCUUGUUUUAAUGGCACAUGUUUGCAGCUUACUCUUAGGGAAGCAGGAAGAGUGGAGAAUUGUAUUUCCUUGGAACUCUCUCACUUUUGUCAUCCUUGCUGCGGCAUUGCAUUUGAGAUCCAUAGAAAAAGAGUCUGUUUUGAUCAUGCCAACGUUUGGGGUACAACUUGAAACACACUAUAGAAGUGGGAGAAUAUGCCGGCGCUUCAUUCCCAUUAGCAAGAUCUUGAAACCUGUGUUAAAUGAAUGUGUAACACCCACCACUUGUUACUGGAGCUUGGUUUUGAUUUUACGUGGGGAUAAAGAACUCACAUUGGUUUUCCAGGAAUUACAGCCACCUCUAGAAAUGUUGGUCUCUGUGUGGAAAGCCUUGUGCACAGCAGUUGAUGGUGACACAACCACAGACUGCGGUAUGGAAGUUGAUUUCCGGGCUUCCAUAUUAUAAUGUGUCAACAGCCAUUACUGUAAGUUAGCAGUUUGCCUAUUGCUGUCUUGGUUGAUGUAACUCAGUAAGGCUCCACAUUGAGUCAACCUGGAUCUUAGGCAACUCGACUCAGAGGCUCAAAAUGGAAAUUUUAUAACUUCCGAGGUUGGAAAGAAUGCUAGCCAGCGCCUAAGUGCUAGUUCCAAGAAUUUGGUGGUUCUUUGAGAAAUCUGGUGCUGUGGAUGCAGAUGGAAUUCUGGGUGAUAAACACUUCGCUACCAGAACAGCAGUAUCAGAUUCUGCUGGCUAAAGAUCAGAAAGGAAAGUGCCCCUGAUCUAUUGGGUGAUUGUUCUACCACCAUUAUGCUGGUUUUGAUAAUAAAAUAGGAUAGUUGGCAGUCUAAAGCAACAAUACCUAACAGAAAUGACGAGGCGGUACUUGUGCUGAAGUGCAAAAGCAAGUAAUGGAGACAGGCUCUCCGCAUGGAACUUAAUAUUUGAAUCAUUACUGUUAUAGAAUUGGGGGGUGGGUGGGGUGGGGGGGUUACUACAUUUAAUUUUUUAUUGGUGACCAAAAUAGGAUACCUGCUGAUGUUGAGAUUUAGCCAAUUGUGUAUGGCUAAAUAACAUAAUAGGCCUGGCGCUCCAUUGGCGAUAUUAACUUUGCGUGUUGAGUGAGGUCGCGGACUACUGUUUUAAACCUUUAUGCCAUUACAAAUCCCAAUUCUAUAGUUUCCUGCAAUCUAAAAAUUUGGUUUGUAAUGAGCAUUCGUCAGCGCGUUGGUCCGAGCCUUACCUACGCUAAGGCCCUGUACUUGUGGAUUGGACUAUAAACUAUUAAUGUUAUUUUCAGUGUUUUAAAA